AUGAGGAAGAGCAAGAAGGGGGGGAAGGACGGGUUGACCAGGCAGUCAAAGCCGAACUGAAAUCCUGCGCUUCCCAUGGUUAUCUCCAGAGGGCGCUCUCUUCCAAAGUGAACCCGAAGCUGCUUCACCGUCCACAUCUCGGGGCCCUCCCAGCACAAGGCCAAAGAGCAGCGCCGGAGGCUCCGAGUGCGCCUGCGUAGCCUUUACCCUCCUUUGGACCCCUGCCUCGCGGCGCCGUAGAAGCGCGGAGCUCAUUGGUGGAGCCGCCAGGCGCGCCCGGCCGACGUGCCGCCCCCCCGGCGCCGCGCGCCAGCCAGUCAGAAGCGCGGGAUCGGAGGAGGCGCUUCCCCCGCCCGGCGGGCUCUGAGGUGAGCGCGAGGAGAGCGCCAGGCGCGCGCAGGCCGACCCCUUUUCCGCCUGCUGGGGUGGGCUAGAUGACCCUCGAGGGCUCCUUCCCGCCCUACGGACCGCGGAGUUGAAUCGCCCCGCCCCCCUCAGUUUUGGGACCCCUCGCUGCUCCUCGGGAGGAACACCGCAGUCUGCGGGCCAAAAACUGGCGCACGGUCGGGCCAGCCGGGUCCCCGCGAGCCUCCUUCCGGGGCCUUUGGCCAGGAUCCCCCCCAGGCGGGCCUGUCGCUGUUCCCUUUCCGUGGCCUCCUCCUGAGGCGCCGGGAGAGAGCGGGUCUGGCCUGGCCCGAGGGCCGCCAGCCCCGCAGAUCAGCUCUGAGCGAGCGCUGCCUGUGGGUCUGGAUGCGUCCCGUGUUCACCACCCAGGAGGACUGACUAGGCCUCCUUUGGAAUGGGCACCGCAGGAGGGAAGACUCGCUUCCCCCGGAAAAUAAAUGCCGCAAAUGCCCUCAGUGGCUUGCAGGGGAACCUCAUCUAAAUCUGUAUUGAGAAGGAGCUAUUUGCGCUUCUGGUUGGCACCCAUCUGUCUCGAGAGACAUUGGAAGAGGGCACCAUCGGGGGCAAAGUCAAACCGCUGAAGAGUUAACCGUGCCGGCUGUGGCUGUAGAGACCAGUACCGAAGAGACAUGCUUUGUUGCAGCUGGGGCAGAUGAAGGCAUUCACUUGUGCUGCUGCAGAUGCACCACAACAUUUCCCCCCUCUGCACUCAUAGGAAUUACCUGGCUACAAUACCAUCAAAUAAAUGCAAUUUUUGACAAACAUAAAAAAAAAAACGGAUUUGAAAACAAAAUUUCAGCACUAGAGAAGGAACUGUUACAUUAUAAGAAUACAUUAUAAAAAACGUAUAGGUUAAUUCUAGUUUGGAAUGUUAAGGACGGAGAAAUAAAAAAGUAAUGAUAAAGUGGGCAUAAGAUUUAGGACACCCCAUAGAAUUAGAAAAAUGGGAAGAGUUGUGGAAAAGAAACCUAAAAUUUACAGCAUGUUACUUAAUCAAAGAAAACUUUAUGAAAAUGCAGUUUAGAUGGUAUUUAACCCCUACAAAAUUGGCUAAAAUAAGUAAAAGUUACAAUAAUGUUGGAGAUGCAAAUCUCAUGAAGGAACUUGUCCCUACGUGUGGUGGAUGUGCCCAGAAAUAAAAAAAUUCUGGGACACAGUCUACGAGGAGAUGAACAAAAUAUUAAAAUUUACAUUUAAGAAAAAUCCAGAUGCAUUCCUACUAGGUAUUCCAGCAUGACACUCCAAAUGAAAGAAGAACUGUAGCGAGAGUACUACAGUAAUGGCAAAGUAUUGGAAGAGCGAGCGCAUUCCAUCUAGAGAGGAAUGGCAAUUAAAACUCUGCGAGUAUUUGGAACUUGCAAAAUGACGGAAUCAAUAAGUCAUCAGAAAACAUUAAAAAAGGGUGGGAAUGCUUCAACAAUUAUUUAUCAAAACAAGGCGCCAUAUCUAAGAUUUGGUUGUGUAUGGAAUAACUCCGUAAACCCCCCUGUAAUUUCUGUAACAAUAGGGAUAUAUUGUUUCCUCAUACCAAGAUGACGAGGAAACAUUAAACACAGGAAAGAUUUUAGUAAGAAAAAAUGAACCGUUUUGAGGUGGAUGGAAGUCCAUAACAAGUAAAUACAUAAAGAGAUUCAGUGCAUAUGAAAGAUAUUUAUGAGAAAUACUAAUACGGGAUUGAAUCGUAUUAAAUAGUAUCUAACAAAAGAUACACCGUGUUAUUUUUGUGGGUGGGUGUGGGUAUGUGUGUUUGUUUUUGUGUUUUGUUUUGUUUUAAUUUUUUUAAGAAUGUGGGCUCUUGUCAUUGUUUUAGUGUUGUCUUUUUCUUUUUUUGUUUCCUUUUUUCUUUUCUUGAAUAUAGAGAUGGAAGGGUAUUUUUUGGAUAUUAUUUGAUUUUGUUAUUUGAUUCAUAUAGAAGUUAUCAAUUGUAUGUGUUUGUUAUUUAUGUAUUAUUUGUAUAUUUGUAUAUUUUGAAAUAAAUUUAUAUUAUGUGGGGGGAUUAAAAAAAGCAGAACUAAGAUUGCAGCUUUAUAUAUAUUUUAUAACAAAUUUUAUUAAUUUAUCAGUUUAUACAUCUCAAAAUAAACAUUUUACAUAAUACCAUGUAACAAAUGACUUCCCUCCUUCCCAUUUCAUAGUUCAUUUUACUUAUCUAUCAUUCCUGCAUAUUUUACUAUAGCCAAUCUAGUCGUUUCUCCAUUUUACAUCCUUCAGAUAUUUACCAUACUGUUGACUUUAUCUAAAUGCUACCAGCAUUUUAAAUUGUACACUAUUAUUUUCUAAAUAUUCAGCAAAAAUGUUCCACUCUGGAGCAAAUUCUUCUUGCUCUCUUAUCUAUAGGUUACUGCUGCUGCAUCCGCAAAUUCUAUCAUCUUAAGUUGACAAUCUUCCUUACAAGGGAUCUUUCUCACUUUCCAUUUUGGGGCUAGCAAAAUUCGAGCCGCCAUGGUUGCGUACAUAAAUAUUUUUUUUCUGACAACUGAGAACUUCCGACUGAAGUAUUCCCAACAAAAAGACCUCAGUUUUUUUUCGGGGAAUGUCAUUUUAAACAUUUUUUUUAACUCAUUGUAGAUAAUUUCCCAAUAGCCUUUAGCCUUUUUACAUGUCCACCACAUGUGAAAAAAUGUUCCUUUUGUUUCUCUGAAUUUCCAACACAGAUCUGAUCCAACUUUGUACAUAUUGACCAACCUAAGGUAAAGGUAAAGGGCCCCCUGACCAUUAGGUCUAGUCGUGACCAACUCUGGGGUUGCGGCGCUCAUCUCGCUUUAUUGGCCGAGGGAGCCAGCGUACAGCUUCUGGGUCAUGUGGCCAGCAUGACUAAGCUGCUUCUGGCAAACCAGAGCAGCGCACAGAAACACUGUUUACCUUCCCGCCGGAGCGGUACCUAUUUAUCUACUUGCACUUUGAUGUGCUUUUGAACUGCUAGGUUGGCAACCUACUCAGCGUUAAAUACUAUCUAUGCAUCAUUUUCAUAUACCGUAAUUCUCUUUCAAAGCAUAACAUGCAGUACAUUUCAAAUCACUUCCAGAUUUCUCCCAGAGGUUUAGGUCUAUGUUAUGCCCUAUAUCAGGGGUCAGCAACCUUCUUCAGCCAUGAGCCGGUCCACCGUCCCUCAAACCAUGUGGUGGGCCAGAAUAUUUUUUUGGGGGGGGGGGGAAUGAACGAAUUCCUAUGCCCCACAAAUAACCCAGAGAUGCAUUUUAAGUAAAAGCACACAUUCUACUCAUGUAAAAAUAUGCUGAUUCCUGGACCGUCCGCAGGAUGGAUUUAGAAGGCCAUUGGGCCCUUCGGCCUUAGGUUGCCUACUCCUGCCCUAUAUCCAUUGCCCAGUGUGUCGUUGAAGCUUUGACUAACUUGUCUUUCAUUUCCCAUUCUAAUAAUAAGUUAUACAUUUUUGACAAUAAUUUAUCCUUAUUCCAUAAUCAUUCUCUUUCAUACUCUGAGCUUUGAUCUGGAAACCCUCUGUUGUAAACAAAAAUUGCCCUUUUCCCUUAUGGGGUGUCCAAGAGCCCAUAUAGAGUCCUUACGUAGGUUCCCUAUUGGUAGGAGAAAAUAACAGGCCAACCAGAGAAUACUGAGAAGCAAAGCAGCUAGUAAGCUUGAUCUUUAUUGAUCUGUUGCAACAGGGUGCUCCGCUCACCCGCAGGAAAGGAGGAGGAACCCAGAACAAUGGCGCACAAGCCCUUAUAAAGACUUUUGAAACUGCCACCCUGUAGAUCAAGAACCACCCCCAGAAACAUCAUACAGACAUCACAGAAGGGGUGUAAUCUAAGACCACCCCUCAGCUACAUCAUACCUACAUCACAGAAAAGGCGGUCUAAAACAGAAAUUUGAAUGUUGUUUUCCUCCUGUCAUUGUUUAUCUCCUGUCUGGCAGGUUUUACUUGAUUGGAUUGCCUGGAGAGCCUGGCCAGUCUUUUGUGAUGAUAAAUACUUAGUUCCUGGGCCAUGUCACAGGCUCACACCCUAUUCAUAUCUUAAAUGUGUCCUUAAAACAGGAUUUGUGAGGAAAGAGACAAUGGGGAGGUUUCCCACUUUGACCUUGCAGAGAAAUCAUUUGCUCAGUUUGGGAAUCAAAAUGGUUUCAGGUCGGUCUUCCUGUGCUGAUCUAUGUACGUGCUUGGUUGGUACACUUAUGAACAUUACCAUAUAUCUAAGACCUCAAAACUCCUAUCACACCCAUUUUUUAAAAAAUCUAAUUUAAACAUAUCAUAUAUUUGAUGAUAUUAUAACCAAUCCGUAAUUUGGCUCCUUACUUCUUCCAUUGGUUUCAAUCAAGGUUCACUCCCUGUAAAUUCCAACAGAUCUCUGUAUGUAGCCCAUUGUCUGUUUAUGUUAAUUCCCUUAAUUGUGAUUGCUUCAGUGGGGGAAUACUAUUAUUGCAGCUUUAAUACCUGUUUAAUAACUGCAUUCAGAAUUUCCCUGAUGCUUUGGGGCUGUAAAAAUAUGCAGGAAUUCACUUUGUUUGUUCUAGGUCAUUACACUGUAGGCUACAGUACAAAGGGGCACUCUGUGUCUUGCAUUUUAAAGUUGCAACUAAUUUUGUGAGGGGCUUCUAAAAUUUCAGUACUGUAUAAAGCAACCCCACUUGUUUUCAGAGAGGUUUCACUCAUAUUAAUUUAAUUCUUUACUUUCUUUUAUCUUUGUCUCACAAUUUUUCAUAAAAUUCACUUAAUUUUGGUGCUUAAAUUGAUACUCCAGUACCAGUUGGCAUAUAUUAUUAUGGUUGUUGCAAUCAGAAAUCAUAUUUAAAAAUUAUGUCAUGGUGCAAUACUAUGUUCUCAUGCUUGAAUCUCUUCAGCUAUGUUGGUUGUUUAUAUUCUUUCAACUACUGUAUAUGAUACUUUUGACAGUAUCAAAGUCAUCUUGCUAAUUUGUACCCAUUAAUGAUCAUAAUAUAAGUAACAAAGUAGUCUGGUACUUCAAAAGUAUAGAAUUAACCCUCAGUUGGGGGUGGGGCAAUCUGUAAAUAACAGCAUUGCAUUGCCCAGGUAGGUUUUUAAAAUACCAGUUUUUCCAAUGCUAGAUUAUAAAUUUAUUAAACUCUCUUAAUAUCUUCUCUUUGGUAAUGUGAACAAUUUAAUUUUAUUUGUUGCUGCUUUAGUUUUUUUGCUUUAAUUUGCUAUACUAGUUUAUAUGCUUUAUAUUAUUAUUAUUAUUAUUAUUAUUAUUAUUAUUAUUAAUAAAACCUUUUUGUUUCUCAUUACACUGUGAUCUGCCCUGGCAGCAUCAGGCAGCAUGCACAUCAUACGUUUAAAGCACAUGACUGCUUCCAAAUAAUCCUGGGGACUGUAAUUUACCCCUGACAGAGCCAUGAUUUCCAACACACACUUAAUAAACUAUAGUGCCCAGGAUUCUUUGGGGACAAGUAUGUUAUGCACACAAUGGUAUGCACACAACCUUAAAGGUAAAGGUACCCCUGCCCAUAGGGGCCAGUCGUGUCCGCCUCUAGGGUUGUGCGCCCAUCUCACUCUAGAGGCCGGGAGCCAGCGCUGUCCGAGGACACUUCCGGGUCACGUGGCCAGCGUGACAAGCUGCAUCUGGCGAGCCAGCGCAGCACACAGAAACGCCAUUAGUAAGCGGCCACUAUUUAUCUACUUGCACUUUGACGUGCUUUCGAACUGCUAGGUUGGCAGGCGCUGGGACCGAGCAACGGGAGCGCACCCCGCCGCGGGGAUUCAAACCGCCGACCUGAUGAUCGGCAAGUCCUAGGCGCUGAGGUUUUACCCACAGCACCACCCGCGUCCCGAAGCACAACCUUAAUUUAUGUCAAAUUAGAUAAAUUAGGUAAAUCAUAGGACAUUUAGUAUUGGAAGAGAGAGCUACAAUUAAAAGAAUCUUAAAUUUAAACAAUUAAUUGGUUAAAUCUGCGUAGUUACGGUAUAUUAAAUUUAGAAUAUAUGUCCUGCUACUUUAGGGAGCACAUUUUAAAACAAGCAAUUAAAAGGUUUUUAAAGUAUUACUCAGUUGCUAGAAUAAAUAUUGCAAUCCUCAUUUUUAAUCUUAAUUGUGACCUGGAUUGUCUUCUCAUCUGGUUUGGAUACUGAGGCAACGUCCUGUUGAUCUUAUCUUCCAUUGAGAUGAAGGCAGACUCUUUCACCAAUGAAUAACCAGUCUCUAGUUAGCCAGUAUGUUACUUGUCUGAUCUGGAGUCUACAUUUUGUGUUUAUAUUUGCUGCAGGGUUGACUUGUUAAUUUAGAAUGAAAAGAAUGAAUGGUCUGACUUGAUCCUGAGGGCAAAUAUUGACUCUGGUUUGUAGUUAGGUGGACUUUGUGCUUGAGGUGACAGACCAACAUCACUGA